CGUUGACGUUGCAGGUUCUCGUUCGCGCGCGCGACUAAAAGAUGGCCCGUACCAAGCAGACAGCUCGUAAAUCGACCGGUGGUAAGGCGCCGCGUAAACAACUCGCCACCAAGGCGGCUCGUAAGAGCGCACCAGCAACCGGUGGUGUCAAGAAGCCCCAUCGCUACAGGCCCGGCACCGUCGCCCUCCGUGAGAUCCGUCGUUACCAAAAGAGUACCGAAUUGCUGAUCCGCAAGCUGCCGUUCCAGCGUUUGGUGCGUGAGAUCGCUCAAGAUUUCAAGACUGAUCUCCGUUUCCAGAGUUCCGCUGUGAUGGCCCUCCAGGAGGCGAGCGAGGCAUACCUCGUCGGUCUCUUCGAAGACACCAACCUUUGCGCUAUUAUAAUUAUGACCGGUCGCGGUAAGGGAGGCAAAGGUCUGGGAAAGGGAGGAGCUAAGCGUCACAGGAAGGUACUCCGUGAUAACAUCCAAGGUAUCACCAAGCCGGCCAUCCGUCGUCUCGCCCGCAGAGGAGGCGUCAAGCGUAUCUCCGGUUUGAUAUACGAGGAGACUCGUGGUGUCCUCAAGGUGUUCCUCGAGAACGUGAUCCGCGACGCGGUCACUUACACCGAGCACGCCAAGAGGAAGACCGUCACUGCUAUGGACGUCGUCUACGCUCUGAAACGUCAGGGCCGCACCCUCUACGGUUUCGGUGGUUAA